AUGCUCCGCAGUACUGGUUCAAAACUACCUGUUGAAGUCUUUCUUGCCUCUCAGGAUGAGUGGGACUCGGAAGUAUGCGAUUCGAUUUUUCCCUCACUCAACGCUCGCUGUCUUGUGCUUGAGGAGAUUUUUGAUCCAUCGAAGACGAAAGCAAAUUUGGGAAUCGACAAGUAUCAGUAUAAAGUCAUGUCCAUCGUUUUCUCGUCCUUCGAACAGGUACUCUUCCUCGACUCGGAUUGCUUUCCCGUUGUCGACCCAGACAUAUAUUUUGACUCCGAACCAUUCCUAUCGACCGGGAUGAUCCGCUGGCCGGAUUUCUGGUUCCCUUCUGAAAGUCCACGGUUCUUUGAGAUAGCAGGUAUUCCAGUACCUGCGCCUUGGGAGAACUCUGCAACUGAAUCUGGGGAGCUCUUCUACUCAAAGAAACAGCAUACGAACUCUCUUUUAUUGGCCAUAUACUACAACUUUUACGGGCCCGAUUUUUAUUACCCUCUGCAAUCUCAGGGGGCUCCUGGUGAGGGCGACAAGGAAACGUUCCUAUGGUCGGCUGUUGUAUUUAAUGAGAGCUUCUAUUCAGUUCGCAAGCCGGUCAGAGCACUUGGAUACACAACCACGACUAGGGAGUGGCGAGGCUCAGCUAUGGCACAGUUCGACCCCGUAGAAGACUUCAAGAGCAAGUCUACCGGCGCUGAACAGGAUGCUAAAGUACGUCCACUUUUUGUACACGCAAACUUUCCUAAACUCGACCCUUCCUCUAUCUUCGACGAUGUUUCCUUUGGUGCCACAGGCCCAACGAAAGAUACCGACGGUAAAUUGCGCAGGAUAUGGUUUGAUGAAGAACAGACUGCGGUCAGCUUCUUUGGCUUUGACUUGGAGCGUAGAAUGUGGGACAUCCUCCACGACCUGGCAUGCGAAUAUGAAGGCAAGAUAUCUGCUUGGGAAGGAAAGCCUGAUAUCUGCAAACAAACCACUACCUAUUGGAAUACCGUCUUUCCAGGUACUUCAAAUCAACAUAGCUGA